ACCUUUUCUUCCCACGACAGCCUUCCUUCGGGGUCCUUCAUUCUUCUCUGGUGUGGAGGACCCAUAACCCCACGCCUUCUCUCUCUCUCUCUUUAGAAAUCCAAUCUUUUGAUUGAGUUAGCAAGAAUUUUUGUGGGCCGGAGGAGGAAGACUCGAGUGUGUUUUGGAGGGAGAAAAUUCGUUUCAUUUUUGGUGCUCCUUUGAUUCUUGAAAAAAAGGAGCAGAGUUUUGUUUUGAGAGUCAGCUUGUGAGUGAGACGACAUGAGCUGCUUCCCAUGUUUUCAAAACAAGGACGACGACGAUGAGGAGGAUACCAAGAAUAUUCCCGUUGCUCAGCCUAAGAAUUUCUCCCCGCGAGCCAACCCUCCCGUGACUAAUAGCCAAGAUUUUAAAGAUCCAUUCGAAGAUAGCAGAAAUGAUGUGGAACUCGAAGAAGAUAACAGCACCGUUAAAUCUUUCACCUUCCGCGAAAUCGCCACCGCCACCAAGAACUUCCGCCAGGAAUGCCUGUUGGGCGAAGGAGGGUUCGGGAAAGUAUUCAAGGGGACGAUCCAAUCCGGCGAGGUCGUUGCUGUAAGGCAACUUGAGAGGAACACCGGAGGCAAGGACUUCGUGUUCGAUAUCUCGAAUCUGAGUCUCCUUCGCCACCCGAAUCUAGUGAAGAUGGUCGGAUACUGUGGCGAAGGCGAGCAGAGGCAUAUGGUGUACGAGUACAUGCCGUCCGGUUCUUUGAAGAGCUUUUUAUUUGACCGUCAUGAUGGGCAGAAACCGUUGAAUUGGUCUGAGAGGAUGAAGAUUGCAUACGGUAUUGCAGCAGGGCUCGAGUACCUGCACGAGAAGGCGGACCCCGUGGUCAUAUACCGCGACUUGAGAUCCUCGAACGUGCUCCUCACCGACACGAUGAGCCCUAAGCUCUCGGAUUACGGGCUUGCCAAGAUCGUUGCAGGUGACAACAAGAUGCAUAUGUCCGUGAUGACGGGUUUCAAUGGAUAUUGCGCCCCUGAAUUUGAGAAGAAUGGGGAGCUUACGAUUAAGUCGGAUGUGUAUAGUUUUGGAGUCGUGAUGCUCGAGCUCAUCACGGGGCGUAAGGCCUUGGAUACCUCGCUGCCACAGGAAGAGCAGAGCUUGGUUAGUUGGGCACACCCACUCUUCAAGGAUCCAUCCAAGUACCCGGACAUGGCCGAUCCUCUCCUCAGGAAAGGGUUCCCGGUGACGGGGUUGAACCAAGCCAUCGGAAUGGCGGCCAUGUGCCUCCAGGAGGAGCCGAUAGCGAGGCCUUUGAUCAGCGACAUAUCGGCCGCGAUCAGCUUCCUCGCUAUGGCACCUCCUCAGGCACCUCUCCCCGAAGAUGAACCUGCUCCUGCCCCAUCAAAAGCCGGUGGAGAGGGCCAUAAACAUGAGGAUAGUUCCUCAGAAAGUGAGGAGGAAUCCGACGAGGAGGAGGAAGAACAAAAACAACCCGAACCUAUAAAACACGAGCAAUCUGAUUAUAGCUCAGACGAGGAUUACUCUGGCUCAGAGGCAGAGGAAGCAAAGCCGAAAGUAGAGAAGAUAAAGAGCCGCUCGGAAACAAAAAGCAAUAACAAGAAACCGGGGAAGGUCGAAUCAAGAAGAAGCUACUCGUCAUCAGAUGAUGACGAGUUGCCUCUCCCUCUUCCCAUUCAACAAUACCCCAAGUACGACCUCAACCUCGACCUCGACCAGUUUAGCUCGAGUAGCGAUGAUGAGAACUGGGACGGUGGAGACGACGACGUCCCCCACAUCAACGAGCUACAACGCCCUACCCGCGGGGGGAGCAUCGAUGAGGGCCAUUGAAAUGAAGCAACAACAUGGAGAAGCUAAGCACCAUUGCAUCUUAUCUUAUUCAUAAAUGGCUUUUUUGGGAGAUCAAGUAGGUGAAUCAUUUUGAUCAAACACUUAUGUUUUCACCAUUGGAAGAUCAAGAUUUCUUCAACCUAAAGAUAUCCACACACUUAUGUAUAGGGCAUUGAGGUAUAUGAUGAAGAGUCAACAUUUUUUUCUCCUCUCAUUUUUUAAAGCUUUACUAGGUUUUUUUCAAGUGAAAAUGCAAGUAAUUAUUUUUAAGUACUAUUUUGAUUCCAUUGUAUAAUGUGAAUCAUAAUAUGUGGAUUACCUUACAUUAGUAUGCUCAGCGGCUUUAAGC